ACUCGGAUUUCCUUUCCCUUUCUUUAUUUAAAAUCCCGUCCAUCAAUCUAUCUACUACCAUUCCUCCCAUUACACCCUCGUCCUCUACAAAUGAUUGAGCAACAGUCAAGUUCUCCCCUCGCUAUCAGCUCUUACAACGUCGCUCAGUUACAAUUAUCCUUACAACUUGGUCCAAAAGUCGACCCUGUUCCCUUCUCGGACGAUUUAUCAAACUGUGCCUCUCCGGCUAUCCUUCCCACAGACUCCGACUUUGAUUAUCCUACUCGUCGAAUGUCAAGCUCUACCGUCUCGGCAGAGACAGAGAGCAGUGCAGCCUCUCGCCCUGAAAAGCGUCCCUUGUCUCCCUCUAGUUCCCCACAACCCCUCAGAACCCGUCCUUCCUUCUCCUCAGACAACCAGUCUUCCUGGCACUUUGACUCUACUCAUCAUAGUCCUCAACAAGACGACAAGGCAUUAGAGACUGGUCUCGACAAUUCAAAGGUACAAUUACCUUCCAUAUUUACUACCUUUGAGGAUCCCUUUCGUCGUGCUUCCUUACCUGCCCUUUCACAAGACUCAAAUCCUCGCUACCGAUCCGCUCCAUACCCUCCCACUCAUCUCCGUCGCGCAUCGCACGCGUCCUCUAACCAGUCCAGUCUCGGUUCAUACCAUUUCCCACCUCCUUCCGAUACCUCUGAGUUCCAAGAUAAAUCUUCUAGCCGUCCUCGCUUGACUGCUGACACACAUCUCAAUUACUCCUACGGAGACUCCCCCUCAUACCUAAAUACAGCCCUUUCCAGUACAACUACCCCCAGUUCCCAUUUUCCCUCUUCCACUUUCACAUCGCCCCUCACCCCUGACAUCAAACCUCAGGGCGUCCCUGCUUCAGGAUACAUAGAAUCCGACAGUUGGAACGACUCCCCCUCUGGUAUUGUUCGCCCAAGCUCGACAGGCCAGUUACCAAACACCCUCAAUAAGUACGACGACAACGUCAGACAGUCCUCCUUUAGCACUUCCCAGAUGUUUUCCGCUACUCCACGUCUUCCUCACCAACAGGAUCGUAGACUCUACCCCUCCUCAGCUCAACCUAAGGACGACUGGAAUUUUUCUAAUCAGGAUUAUGCAUUUUCCUCAAACAGUCCGUCAUUAAAUACGACGAACAGUCCAGUACCCUCCGCAGCACCAGUCCCGGCAACAACCUCCUCUCCUACAUCUCACUCCCCUCCGUCUGCUCCAUCUACAUUAGCUGAACGCCCCAUGCGGAAGAGGGGCAAGUUGCCCAAGGAAACCACAGAUUAUCUCAAGGCCUGGUUGCAUCGUCACUCAGAUCAUCCAUACCCAAGCGAGGAGGAGAAAAAGCAGCUUUGCCAUGCCACUGGAUUGAGCAUGAGCCAAGUGUCCAAUUGGAUGAUUAAUGCUCGCCGCAGGAUUUUAGCUCCCGCCCACCGAGCAGCACAGGGACCUACCACCUCUGCCCCAUAUCCCUCUUCCACUCGCACUGUGCCCGCUUCCUCACUCUUAGAUCCGGUUGCGCGUCGUGCUUCACUGCCUGCAGAAAGUCUGCAGUUGUAUCACCCCAUGUCUCUCCAGUCGCUGCAAGGAGGCCACGGCCACCAGAACUCAGCGUCUGCAGAAUUCGGCGGAAGUGGCCGACAACUUCUCGCACGCCCAGCUCACUACACUGGUGGUGGUGGCGGCGGCGGCGGCAGUCUAGACUACUCCCAGAAUAGACUUGGGCUGUCCACUUACAAUCUUGGACACAACCAUCACUCUGGGAGUGGAGGGCAGUCCGGCUAUCUUCCAUCAGGCGUUCCGAUGUCCGCACCCCCCUCCCUUCCACCCAACCCUUUUGGGUCUCACAACAUGCACAAUCAAUCUUCGUUGUAUUCUGCACAGCAUCAUCAUUCGUCGUUGUCUCCUGGCUUCAUUUCAAGCCCAUCCCAGAGCUCGCCGAGGUUGCCCGCCCACUCGGCGGAUUCGCAGUCGCAUUCCUACUAUAGCGAAGGACCAUUGCAUCCAUCUGUAAAUGCUGGGCCUGCUUAUUCAGCUCCACAGUGACCACGACGCUGUAACAACAUUGAAUCCUAUGUGGAUGCCUUUGUUUUAUCGAAAAACAACGUUCGUGUAACAAUAUUAUUAUUACUGACUACCUAAAGCAACCUAAUCAUUGUACUACUCGUAUCAACUUCUUGAGAUCACACACUCCAGCCUUUGCCAAGUGUUCUUCGUUGGCCACUAAAAUUGCACAUCCCAAUAAAACAAUUAAAUUUUUGUUCACCGGGUUCGGGCCCAGUCUGUUGCGACAUA